CAACACGAGGCCGACUGCUUGAACGAGGAGCCAUGCAUCGAGCAUGAACGCUCUAUCUCCUCCAUGGCUCCGCUGCCUCCUCCAUCGCCUCCCCCGAUCCCCCCUCCGGUCCCCGUCGAAACCCAUCCAAACCGCGCGGGAGGGUUGAAGCCUCCUGUCCAGCCGCGACUCCUUCCUGACCCAACCCGCCUCGCGCCAGAGGACGCAUACUACGCCCCGUCUGUGCCGCGGACCAGGCCUCCCCCGAUCAACUACGAUGGAAACGUUCGUCCCUUCAGUGCGACCAGAGCGGCCGUUGCGGCGUUGCGGCCGCCCCCCGCGGUUCCAGGGGCGGAGCUGAGCCAGAAGGAGGCACGCAAGCAUACGAGGCCCAGCAGUCGGAGACGACGAAAGGGGGCGUGGAAGAAGCUAUUGUGGGUGAAACAGUCAUACCCUGACAAUUAUACCGACACGGAAACCUUUCUCGAUCACCUGCAGCGAAACCCCCGGGUGCGACCGUACGACUUUUGGCCCCUGGUCGCUGACUCUACCAUCAUCGUACAACAUGUCUCGUCCGUCGCCAUCUUUGUCUGCUGCUUUGUCGGGAUUGUCCAGGAGCGACUCAGCCCGGUUUCCGUCGUCGGCUGGGGCAGUGUGGGCACAGCCAUGGGUUGGAUCCUGUGGGAUUCCUGGGUAUGGAAGAAAGAAGCGGAGGAGGCGUCCAACACAGUCCAGGCCCAGCCUGUCGAGGGCGCCUUUGAAGGCGAUGACGGGUCCAGUUCCGGCUCAACUACCAGCUCAGUCAACAACCAAGUCAAUGGAGAGCCCCGUAUAAUCAGUCAGAAAGACAGCCAGAAGGAGAGCCGGAGUCAGAGCCAGAGCCGAAUUCAUGGCCUUGGACUGUCCAUCUCUACCAAUGUCUCUGACCCCCAGUUCCGGCGCCGCAGUACUGGGUUUAGCGCAGAUUCUGCCAUCGGAGGCCCUGAUCUCGCCUCUCCGUGGACUGCGACCACUCCGACUGCCAAUGGCGCCCUAUCACCCACAGGCCAGUUUGCCUUUGAGACGACCGAGUCACAGUUUCUUUCCUCCCGGAACUGGCAGCGACUGGCAACAGUCAAGUCUGCGUUUCUGAUCUACUUCGCCCUGCUGGGCCUGAGUCCGAUCCUCAAAUCCUUGACCAAGUCUACGGCCAGUGACUCCAUCUGGGCCUUAAGCUGCUGGCUUCUCAUCAUGAACAUCUUCUCCUUUGACUACGGGAGCGGCGAGGGCGCGGGCGCCACCAAGUUCCCUGCUUCCCUGUCCACCAACGCGGCCGUGAUGGCAUCUACCGUCCUCGCCUCCCGCCUCCCUUCCACCACGCACGUUUUCAGCCUGAUGUUGUUCUCCAUCGAGGUGUUUGGCCUUUUCCCUAUCUUCCGGCGUCAGCUACGCCAUAUCAGCUGGACCGGACACAUGUGCUUGACGCUCGCCCUCGUCAUGACCGCCGGCGGAGCGGUCGGCAUGACUCUCCGCGGCGGAUGGGCGGCCGCAAUCUUGGGAUCCUUCCUGGGCAGCCUCCUGACAGCCUUUGUCAUGGGCGGAUGCAGCUGGUGGCUGAUCAGCUUGCAGAAAUAUAAGAAUGUCGUGACUGGUCCUUGGGAUCCUGCUCGGCCAGUUCUUCGACGCCACUGGGACUGAAUCAAAUCCCUCCCGACGUAAGCCUUAGCGUCUCUCUCUGUUGUAUUUCUCCUCUUUUUUUUUUUUUUCUUUCUUUUCCUGUUUCUUUU